AUGCCAACAGCGACAUUUAGCACAGUAGCCGAUCGUGAAAAAUUGUAUCGCAAUUGUGUACCACGAGAGAAGCCAGCAUCAUAUCCUCUCGAUCCAAAUCAUACUCACUUUAUUCUACUUGACGAUAAAUGUGGUCCGAAUGAUGAAAUCUGGAGACGAUAUGGAUAUCCAGUUCGAGCCGACCUCACUAUUCAGUUGCGUGCUGAAGUUGAACAGGAAGCUCGUUGUAGCUCUCAUUAUAGACACAAUUAUAAGAUUCCCAUUAUUCAAAUAUUAAUCGAAGGUGGUCCUUCAUCUCUUCUAACAGUGGUUGAAGCAGUAAUGCACGAAACACCCGUCGUUGUCAUUGACGGUACUGGCAGAGCGGCUAAUUUUAUUGCAAAAGCAUACAAAGCAUUAUAUGACAAUCAAACAACAUAUUUUUCACCAGCGAACAAUAAUGCUAAUUUAGAACGAGUAAUAAAAGAAGAUGGUAAGGACAUCAUCACUGGAAGUAAUGAAAAGCGUUUUCGUGACAUGAUAAGAUCAGAAAAAGGCUUCUUCUUGAUCAAUACUUUUUUACUAUGUCCUGACGAUCCCGAAUUUAAAUUGAGUGAUGCCAUACUUCAAGCAUUAUUUCGAGCGGCAAGUAUGCCCAAGCAUGAAAUAUCUGAUGCUCAUGUACAAAAGCUCAAAUUAGCCAUGGCGUGGAAUAAGUUUGAUCUGGUCGUUUCAGACAUGCUCAUCGAAAACGUUAAAACUCAGUGGACAGAUGUUCAAUUAGACAGUGCUUUAACUGAUGCAAUACAGCAUGGUUCUGUACAGUUUGUUGAACUUCUUAUUGAACAAGGUGCAUCAUUCGAUCGACUUCGACGAUUAAUUAAUAUUAAAGACUUAUACAAGAAAAAAACUGGUUUACCAUUGUCAAAGAAAGAAAUUACAGUAGACGAUAAUAAUAAACAAAAAAUGUAUUACAAACAAUAUCUGAAUACAGAAGCACUACAAACAAUCGAUUUUUUCCAAGGAAAAAAAGCGUUGCAUUCGAACAAUGUCGAUAUCUAUGGUACUAUUGAGAAUCCUCUAAAACGGACGACUAAACUAAACGGACUUGUUGUCUUCAAUGGAGACGAUGUUAUUAGACAAAAUGGUUAUGUAAAACAAGUUUCUAUUGUUUUUUCAAAUUCUCACAAUCCAUCAGUGACAACAGGCACGUCAAAUCAUGUAGUUCUUUAUAUUAUUUCGCCAACAUCCGAUACAGAUUGUUUUCAAGUAGUCGAUGUAUUAAAGACAGACGUUCGUGAUUAUCAAUAUGAUAACAACAAACUAACAAUUCAUAUGUACAAUUCUGCUGUCUAUGUCGAGCAAGGUCAAUAUUUGGCUAUUGGCUUUGAUAAGAAUUCGCGUUCUCCAAGUUAUUUGGAUGGUCUGAGUUCGUGUUAUACACUUGAUAUUGAUGCAGUCAAUCGAGUCUAUAUGAACAAAACUUCCAUUAAAUUCCAAUGGAGUCGUGAACGAGUAGCAAUUAGAAUUCAAAUAAUUUUAACUUCAGGUAGGAUUAUACUCGUUCAUAAUAAAUAA